AUGGCUCAUCGCGGAAAUUGGCGAUCUCGGGGCAAUACGAGCAACCGAGGAGGACCCAACAGCUUCAGAAAGCGCAAUCAGUCGGAAACAUUCUGUGUACACUUUCAACGUGGCAGGUGCCACUACGGUGAGAGGUGCAGAUUCUCACACGAUGUGAACGAGGCUUCCGACUUCAAGUCAAACCCGGCUGCAUACCAUCCGAUAACUCAUGAUCUGGACGCUCGGAAUCAAUAUUUCGACUGGAAGAGACUUCUUAGAAAUGGGAUCUUAGGGUCUGGAUAUUCUCGAAGGGAACAUGAAGAGAUCGUUCAAUUCUGGAACGGGGCUCUUGAAAUUCUUGAAGGCGACAGCAGAGAGAAUCAUCAAUUCCUCGCCAAAGAUCUUGUGGACGACAAUCUUCAUGGAUAUGAUUUUAUCCUGGCAACUGCAGAUGCAGACAAUCCAGAGGGAGUGCGACCUAUGCCAACUUACGACGAGCCAUUCCUCAAAGUCAUUACCCAUACUUCUCUCUUGAACUGUCUUUCUGUCGAUUCAUUUGUUGGCACUCUGUACACAUCCUUUGGUGGUACAAAUGGAGAUCGAGCAAUCAGAUAUCUGAGUAGUGUCUGCCGGAGCCUGAAGAGUAAAGGUGAAGAGACCAACGAAAAUGUACCGGUCAUCUCACUGGACAUGAUGAAGUUACUGUUGAAUACCCUGUACCAACUUUUGUCAAGAGACCGACGCGCUCGAUUCCACGAUGAAAUUCCCGCACUGCUCGACCUAAUCCGCGAAGUGGGCUCCCAAAUCACCGAAUCAUGCUCGAAGGCCGACAUUGACGGACUUGAAAGCAGAAUAGAAGUCAUGCAGAGACUGAUCGCUAGCGCAAACCGCAGUCUUUUUAUACCUAGGGUGCAUGAGGAAAAUUUCCAGAAGAGUGGAUCAGCCCUGUCGUCUUUUCCGCUGGAUAUGCAAACACCUGGUGGGAGACACGACAACGACCUUGCAGAAAUCUCUCAAGUUCAGAUCCUCCCUACCCAUGGAGAGAUUGUCAGCGGCAAUUCAGAAUAUCUACCCUCUACCGACUUCCUUCAGCCGCACUUUCUCCCCGACCCUUUGCAAAGAUACAUUGACUCAACAUUCCGACUCCUGCGCCAUGAUAUCUUCGGCUCAGCCAAAGAUGUCCUUCGAGAUCUGCUACAGCAGAACGAUUUGACACAAUUUUCGUAUUUCUCAAGCAAAGAUAGCGGGGCACACCUCUAUCUGGGAGCACGGGUCCUCCAAAUAUUCAUCAAUGAGCGAAAUGAGCUCGAAGCGACCGUGUCCUUUGCUACUCCACCACAAGUUCGCAAAAAGACAUCCAACGAGCAAUGCAGAUGGUGGCAAGACUCCAAUCGACUAGAGGAAGGAAGCCUAGUGUGUUUCUUGACGUCCCAAGAAACUCACAGGAGGCUUAUUUUCCUCGAGGUCACUGUGAAGAAUGCUUCCAAGGACCAAGCGCACCAGAACAAGAGUAGUCUUGUUUCUGAUAGGUUUCCACCUAGUAUUACGGUCAAGCUUGCAGCAUGUCUACAACAGGAACUGAUCCUCCUGGGCCGGCUUUACAGCAAGAAGCUCACCGGUAUUCUGGUCGACUUCCAUGGCUUGAUCCCUGCCACGUUCGCCCCUAUCCUGAAAAACCUUCAGCGAAUCCAACGCGAAGGAGAGUUGGCAUUCCAAAAGUGGAUCUUGCCAAGCCGUAAGGAUGAUGAAGAUGGUCACAGCAUACCCCCACCGGCAUACGCGCGCAAACCAGGAUUUAUCUUUCCCCUAACUUCGAUCACAACUGUUGGAGCCGAAAAUAUUGCAUUGGACCCGAGUGCCCCUGAGUCUAUUGACCUCUUGAAGCUGCAAGCUCAAACUGGUCUCGACCAUGGCCAGUGUCAGGGACUUAUCGCGGCUCUCACACGAGAGUAUGCCCUCAUCCAAGGUCCACCGGGCACCGGAAAGUCUUAUUUGGGUGUUAAGCUUGUUCAAGUUCUCCUUAAGAUCAAGAAAAAGGCAAAGCUAGGCCCAAUUCUUGUGAUCUGCUAUACCAACCAUGCCUUGGACCAAUUCUUAAAGCAUAUUCUUGAUGUUGGUAUCCAGAAAAUCAUACGCAUUGGUGGCCGUAGUCAGGCCACUGAGCUUGAAGGCAAGAACCUUCGCGUUGUCAGUAAAGGCAUUGGGAAGACGAGGGUAGAGUCGCAAACCCUCGGCAUGUCCUACGGGAGUCUUGAGGACUGCAUGAAGCAUGCUGGUUAUGCAAUGGAACCUCUACACCAGUCUCAAAAAGGCCUGUCUUGGGCCGCGAUGGAGCAUUUCUUGCACCGAAAAUGGCCCAUUAUACAUGAACAACUGGAGAGACCAGACACGGAAGGAUUCACAACUGUCACUGAUGAUAAAUUACUUAACUGGCUUGGAGCCAAAUCGAUGAAAGCUCAGAAAGACCAGAAUGAGAGUGAAGUUGACGAUGUGCGCUUGGAAGGCCUCACACGCGCUGCGAAUGAAAAUAUUCACAGUCUCUCGAUACCGGAACGCCGGAUUCUUGCAAUGAGCUGGUUUAAACAGUGGCAGGAAAUCGAAACCGCUUCGCUUUUCGAGGCUCUUAAUCACGCUGCAAAUCUUCGCGGGGACAUUAAUGCAGUCCAUGAAGAGGUCAACCGCCGAGCCUUGAUUCAAGCAGAUGUAGUAGGAAUCACGACCACAGCCCUUGCCCGCCAUAUCGAGACACUGCGCCGAGUAGGAACAAAGGUCAUUAUAUGCGAGGAAGCAGCCGAGGUAAUGGAAGCCCAUGUCAUCUCAGCCCUCAUGCCAGGAGUUGAACACUUCAUUCAGAUUGGGGAUCAUCGACAGCUGCGACCACAGAUUCAAAAUCAUUCGCUUAGUCUUGAAACAUCCACAGGAAAGACAUGGCAGCUAGACAGAAGCCAGUUUGAGAGACGCGCUGUCGGUGAGCCAGGUCUCAAGCCAGCCCCUAUUGCACAGCUCAAUGUACAGCGAAGAAUGAGACCUGAGAUCUCGCAACUUAUCAGGAGCGUCUAUCCAAAACUGGAGGAUCAUGAAAGCGUGAUGAAUCUACCCAAUGUUGUUGGAAUGCGAAACAACCUCUUUUGGCUGGACCAUGAAUGCGAUGAAGAUUCAAGAGAUGACGGCAGCCGUGUGAAGUCUCAUAGCAACCAGUGGGAGGUCGAGAUGGCUACUGCUCUUGUUCGGCAUCUUGUUCGGCAGGGAGAGUACAAGAGCACGGAUAUUGCCCUCUUGACGCCCUAUACCGGGCAGCUGCGGAAGCUCAGGGCAUCGCUAACCAAUGAUUUCGAAAUUUGUCUCAACGAGCGGGACUUGGAAACCUUAGCCGCGGAUGGGCUUGAGAAGUUUGAAGGUGAAUAUCCUGAGCCAAGUGGCCGCAAGACAUUCGAGAAGAAGACGUUGCUCCAGACGCUCCGCCUUGCUACCGUCGACAACUUCCAAGGCGAGGAGGCAAAGGUGAUCGUUGUCUCCCUAGUCCGCAGCAACUCAAAGCGCAAGGUUGGUUUCCUACGCACCGAAAACCGCAUCAACGUGCUCCUCAGUCGAGCUCAGCAUGGCAUGUAUCUCAUUGGAAAUGCUAAAACAUACCUCAAUGUUCCAAUGUGGGCCGGUGUCCACUCUCAGCUCGCCCAUGCAAAUGCAGUCGGCAGGGAGUUGGCUCUCUGUUGUCCUCGCCACUCAGACACGCCUAUUCUCUGUUAUGAACCUCACGACUUUGAGAGGAAGAGCCCUGAAGGCUAA